GUUAAAACAGUGAACGUCUGGAUUACCCAAAAUUGCCCGUUUAGGGGUAAUAAGCCCCAGUUUGGGAACCACUGCUCUAGAAGGAGCUGUCCAUGCGUACUUAUCAAGGAUGCCAGACACGGACAGAUUAUCAAAAUUAAUUCAAAGACGGAAAAUACAAGAAAAGCAGAAUGAUCGUAUUAGAGUUCACAAGAAUAAACUUGAGAAUAUGAGACUCGAAAAAUUAUCGAACUUCUUUGACUGGAGCAAAAAUCUUCUGAAACACGAACAUUUGAGCACUGAGGCGAAAUGCAUUAAAAAACUUGAAAAAUUAUACGAAAGGCAAUGCCAGAUUGAUGAGAAAAAGAAAAUAGAAGCAGCAAAGAAGAGAAGGAAAGAAGCGAACGAAGAAAAAUAUAAAAAAGCUCUCGGAAUUGAUCCGAAUGGCAGUCCAGGUUUUGGGCGAGUCGAUGACGAAACGUUGGAACGAAGACGGAGAGUAACAAGUGCCUCGCAGCAAGAGCAAGCAAAGAGUUUUAUGAGUAAAGUGAAAUCUCUGUCAUCUGGGUACAGAGACAACGAUCCACCGCAAGUGUACUAUCAGAGGAAGGGAAUCGUGCCGCCGGAUAGAAUCGUGACCCCGGAAGUAAGUUAUUCCGCCCAAGCUCAGCAAGGAGGUGGAUUUUUUGUUCCGCCGUCUGCGGUUCACGUGAAACAACUCAAGAAAUGGCACGGGAUACCAGAGGAUGCCUUCCACACACAGUCUGUUGAAGUUGAACUGACUGUGAAAAAAUCGCUUCCUCCAGAAAAGCCACAAUUUAAUCUAUUGGAAGCAUUGAAAGCGACUGAGGAUGGCUUAGAAGGACUCGAAAUUCUCGAGGAAGAAGACGAAUCGGAAUCCGGCGAAACAACUCCGCUAUCUUCAAUGAGCAGCGACGGAGCGCCGGAGAUUGAUGAAGUCCGACUUGUGAACAUUAGACCAAGCACUGCACCGGUUCCACGAACAUUUCCAAGCCGAAUGCGGCCGAAUAAAAAUCUUACGCUACCAGAGAGUGGACUCCUAACUGGCGCGGGAGAUGAAGCACCUGUGAGCCCGUCAGAUGAACCAAAAACGCCGGGGAUACUUGUAAAUAGAUUAAUGAAGCGACCAUCAACGGCAGAAGUGUCGUUUUCUGGGCCAGACUUGAACGAGACCACGUCCUCCAAGCCAAAUCCGAGAGCCAGGCGACCAUUAGAGAGACGUCAAUCAUCUGUAAUCUCGUUCUCUGAUUCGCCACAAACAAGAAGACGAUCAAGCAUUGCCACGCCCCUUGCUUUACUCCAUAGAAGACAAUCUAACGUGGCGGCUAUUCAUAGAAAUAUAAGAAUGGAGUCCAAAUUGUUGAAGCCUAAACAAAAUAAAAUGAAAAGAAAAUCAGGCAAACGAAUGGGGCUAAUGCAAGCUAUCAUGACCAACGAAGAAAACGAGGUUCUUGUUCGUAAACUAAGAGAAAAAUCUCACACUCUAGCUAUGGAACGACAGAGACGAAUUCAAGAACACCGCGCACAGUCAGCACCUAGUGGAGGAAUAGGACGACGCAUUCAAACUGAAGAAAACUAUCCAACGACACGGAGGCUAAGUUCUUUCAAGCUGGACGAAAUGGAUGGGAACGCAAAUCGUAAAGAUAGCAGAGGACAAAAGAUCUUACUGAACGCGAAUAUGGAUUAUUCAGUGAAAUUGACUAACAGAGUAAGAGUUUUGAUGACGACGCAAAUCAAUAGAUAAGAUCAGGGGCGUAGCAAAGGGUGGCUUUGGGGGUCGGUUCCCAUGAAACAAUCUUUCUGUAUCAUACAUAGCGAUUUUUCGUAGCUUGAAACGAUUUUAGACCGUUAAGACUCAUGAAAGCAGACGUUUCCCGGCGUUCGGCCGGACCCGUUAGCAGUUUCGCUCUAACUUCGCAAAUAGAAAUUUUAACCCCCCUCUCCCUUUCAAAAUUUCUGGCUACGCACCCGGAUAAGAUAAUUUUAUAUUUACCUCUCAGAAAUAGGCUUACCAUAUAUAUAUGAAACGAAAAAAAAACAGGGCAGAUUAGAUCGGACAACCAUUGAUUCGAAUCUGAAGGCUUAGUAAUAUUCAACUCAUAUUAGUAAUAUUCGUAAAUAUAAAAGAUAAAUGGUCUAAUCACUGAUAAUGGACACCAUUUAAAAAUAAAAGAAUUUUGUAUUAAUAUUAAAUAAAAACUUUAUAACUGCCAUACUGCACGACCGGGACAUUUGAGUCCACCGGGCGAGACAGCUAGUCCAAAUCGGGACACUCCCGGACGAACGGUAAGCCUACCCAAAAAUGAAAGUCGAUAAAUGUACAAUGUUUUUGCACGACGAAAAAUAAAUAUCUGAAUCUGAUCCUAGUGACUAGUCAUAUAGCCGACAGCGGCUUGGUUACCAAUAUGAAAAUAACCAGUUGGUAAUCCGAUGUCUGGUUGAAAAAGCCUUGAUCGGUCACGCAUUUGCAAUAGCGACGAUACUAGCGUUCCCCUCAAUUAACUCUUUUUUUUUUUUAUUUACUCAGAAAAAGGUCUGUAAUGUUCUGUCAAGGCGUAUUCAAAAGUACGACUUACCUCCACUGAUCACAAUGACGAAAGUUCCAGCCCAAAAUAUUUUUUAUAUAUAAAAUAACCUUCAUUAACCUAUUGCUUGUGUAACUGGUAGGCCCAGGAGCAUAGUGUACUAAUAACUAAACGACUGUCGAUCUUAUCCAAUACUAUUGAAACCACAUUUCAACGAAUUAAAUUUACAUUUUGCAAUGAAUACUGUAUGUGUAUAUCGCAUUAUUUGCAUGUACAUUGCCGUAUUCGUUCCACUCUAAACCACAUAACGGACGCUGCGUGAAACUGGUUCAAGGCAAUUUUUGGGCUAUGAUUUUAAACUCACUCAACAGACGCGACCAGAGAGUCCGCCAUAGUGUACCAAAAGACGGACAACCUUAUCUAAUGCUAUCGAGUCUUACCACAUUUCGCAACUCUUUACAGCUAUAAAACGCAAAAUCUUUGAUAGAAACAGAAUUGACGGCCAUGCCAUACAUAGCCUUGUACUACACCAUAUUCUGAAUUGAUCAAGAACGCAAAAUGUUUCCCCCAUUAUGCUCCACACUUGAAUAAUAAUAGAGAACAAACGUUUUCUGACAAGGACAAAGGUUAAAUGUUCCAUUCAACUGCAAAAUUUCUCGUUCAUUCGAAGUAGUAACUUGUUAUGCAUGUAUUCUUUUGCACUUAAUAUUUAUGUACUUAUAUUUGAAUAAACUAUUUAAAAAAAAUAAUUUUGAUGAUUUUUUAGAAGUCUGCAUGAAAGUCUUCGCUGUGGUACCAGAAUUUUCAUACAUCGAAGCAUGAACUUCAAUCUGGCUUUUGGAGGUUCAUUACCAGGUGCUUUGCACCCAAUGGCAUAUCUACAUAAAAUGGCGCCCAUGGCAAAAGUUUAGAAUUGUGACCCCAAGAUAGUUGGUUGACAAUUUAUAAUGACUAUUAUUGAAUUGAGAUACUUGUAUGUUAAUAUUUGAGUAAAAAUACGAGUUUCUGUUAUAUCUAGUUUGCAAUUCUUUUAUUAAAACAUUUUACAAUUACAACUUUUCGCCGUUUUGUGCCUCUGUUUAAACGCCGCCCGUGGACACGCCAUUGUUUUCACCACCGCCCUAAUGAAGUGGCGAGCCACUACAUAGGAUCAUACAUCAUCCAUGUUAGUCGGUAGAAU